AUGUUUGGAUUGAAUGUAUUAUUUAUAACAUCCGAUGAUAUGGUCUACGGAUUCGGUAAUAAUAGUGAGGGAUGUCUGGGUUUGGGACACAACAGUCCCAUACCAUCACCGGAACUGAUCCCAGAAUUAUGUCACCAAAACAUACAAUACUUCGUGAAUGGCAUGAAUUUUGUGAUAGCAGUGAAUGCCGUGAAAAAUCUCUACGGUUUCGGUACCAAUACUUGCGGCCAAUUGGGACGCAAUCCCGAAACUCACAGAAGUAACCAAAAACCAGAGCUGAUCCCCUGGUUUACUGAUAAAAACGUGGUACAAAUCAGUUGCGCUUACGUACACGUACUGGCGCUCACCGGCGAUGGCCGGGUGUUCUCCUGGGGUGGCAAUAGUUUUAGUCAACUCGGGUGCGGACACCCGACCCAAGGGUGGGAACACAUGUAUAUACCGAUCGGCUUUCAAUUUGAAUACCCAAUACAAUCGGUGUAUUGCUAUACUUCCACGUCGUUUGUCAUCACAUCCAGCGGACAUGUGCUCAGUUGGGGUGAUAAUAGUUGCCACCAAUUGGGACACAAUAUAAGUGGUGUUAUAUUGAAACCCAAAGCAAUAUCAACGAUAAGUGGUGUAAAAGCUAUCACUUCCACAGAGUUUAGCACAAUAUUUCACACGACAAACGGUUUGUACUUAAGCGGACUCUUUGGUGAUAUGACUAAACCAAUUAAAAGUCCUAAACCAAUACCAUGUAAACUAGUUGUGCAACAGAUGUUGCAAAUUAAUUCAUAUAUUGGUGAUAAUAAUGAAUACACUAAUUAUAACAACCAAUUCAUUGAGAGUUCACCCAUAGGUUCGGGUGGUUUUGGGACUGUAUUUAAAGUAACGCAUAAAUUGGGCGGAAAAAUAUAUGCCGUUAAGAGACUACAAUUUGCGGAUAGUAAUGAAGAUACAAAACAAGGAGUUCUCGAAGAAGUCAAUAGUUUAUCAAAACUGGACUCAGAUUUUGUGGUCAAAUAUGAAGAUUCAUAUCUGGAGUCCAAUCAUCUCUACAUUCAAAUGCAAUUCUAUUCGCAAAGUCUUCGAACUGUUCUCAUAGACAAAGCCAUUGUCUUCGGGAGACAACCAGAAGACCAGAUGACUGUCUUUGAAUACUUUACUUCGUGUGAAAUAUUCAAAGAACUCUUAGAAUGUGUUAAAUAUCUUCAUGAAUCGGAUCCACCGGUCAUUCAUCGGAAUCUCAAACCCGAAAACAUAUUAUUUGAUCCCAACUUUACAUCCAAUCGUUGUGUAAAACUGUGUGACUUUGGUUUAGCCAUUGAUCACAAUAUCCAUAGACAGACUGUCAGUCCAUUUGUUCACACAGUUUGUGGUACUUUUGGAUAUAUAGCGCCCGAAGUACUUAUGGGUAAACAAUAUGACCACAAAUCAGACAUUUAUAGCCUCUCUAUAAUCGGCGAAGAGUUGUUUGGCAUUGAUCUCCAGGAUUGGAAAUUAAUUGAAGCGAAAAAGUUGUCGUUCAAAAAAUGCAUACAAAGCAUAUACGGGACACUUCUGGAUAUGAUGUCAACACCUUUUUGGCGACAAAGGCCUGAGUGUCGGGAAGUGUUGGCCAAACAUAACGAGUGGUCUAUCGAUAAGACUGUUGUCACGAAACAAAACAAUUUUCAUGAAGUUUUUAAUACACUUAAAUCUAAUGAUAAUUCAGUUUUCUAUGAAAUUCUGUUUCGCAAAACACAAUAAUAUAUGAUUUAUCACUUUUUAUAAACAAUUAAUUUUAUUUUAAUUAUCAUAAA